UCGCGAUGGGCUAUUAUUAACUAUUUCAUGAUCAUGAAAAAUCACCUUGAAACCUUCACAAUUUCGCAAACCACUUCCAACUAGUAAACGUUUAAAUUUUCUAUUUAACAAAUGACAUAACAACGCCUAAACAAGCAGCAAACGUUUUCAAACAUGAGAAAAAUUCCUCAACGAAUCGUGUAGCUAACAACAUUUUGAACACCAUGUUCAGUGUAAGAUUUGGACUCAACGCCUAUUUAGGCUUGUAAGGAAACGCGGGACAUGUUUUAUGAGAUGUGGGGCUCUUAGACCAACCGUCAUUAGCAACAAAACGUUCGUGCGUGCGUUUGCUCGGUAUUUAUAAACAGAGUUCGGUAGAGUCGACUUCGGAAUAUUUGUAAAAUACGUAGAAAGGCGGUACAUUUCAGCGGUAAGUGGUCGACUUCGGAAUAUUUGUAAAAUACGUAAAAAGUCGGUACAUUUCAGCGCGCCAACCAUGUGGCUUCUUGGGCUCAGCCUUUUUGUCGCCAUGACAACCGUGGCACCUCAGUUACAGCUACUACAGAUUCCCAAUGGAGCGCUCGUGGAAGUUGGUACGAAGGUUGAGUUUGUGAAUCAGCAGCCCGGGACCGGAGGAAUGAUGGCACCCGGAAACGGUGGGGUGAUGACGCCCCUGAAUAUGAUGACAUCACCGAACAUGAUGUCACCACCGAACAUGAUGAUGUCACCUCGCAUAACGAUGCCUCCGCCCAUGAUGGGAGCGCCUGGCUCCGGUAUUGAGCGGCUCCUCAACAACAUGUUUCAAGUGGCACUAAACCUCCGCCGUACGUUCCGACCGACGGACCCGCUCCCGCCAAUGGAGGAGCCUUGUCCAUGCGAUGGCGAAUGUUGCGCAACUCCCGCGGAACCUCGAAGGGUACUUCCAGUGUUUAAUAUUCCCAUGACCAUGCAUCCCGGAUGUUGUGGUUGUGUUGAAUGUCCGCUGGCGCUGUCACCGGACGUUGCGUUAAUGCUGCAGACGGUUCAGACGAUGAUUGCGCCCGCUUCAGGUGCCCAAAAUGGCGCGGGUGCCAUGUCUAGCCAGCCAGGAAUGCAGCCCGCGGCGUAAACACAAUGCCGGUCGUCGCAUCAAAUACCAGAGACAACAAUUUAAGAAACACUUUCUAAAACGUUUAUAUGUAAGGUAUCAAUAUAUACGAUUACUUAAUUUAUGUUAAGUUAUUCAUUAAGUAGUAUCUUUCACAUGGCAAUUUUAUUGUAAGGGGUUUGGCGAUUCUAUCAUAUCAACGUUUGAAGCAAACAUUUGAAAUUCGUCGUAGGAUCUCGAAAUAAAACUGGACCCAAUCCUCGAAAGUU